ACAGCAGAGGCCCCGCAGCUCCUCAGUGACCACUUACAGGAGUUGUGCUGGCUCCUGCUUGCGCUGGCUGGGCAGGGGGUUUAGCUUCUUUGCUGGUGUUUAGCUUCGUUCUUCGGUCAGAGCAGUGAGAAACUGCCUGGAGGGACAGAACUGACUGGGAACUCUUCUGAGGAGCUCUGUUGGACAGAGUGACAUCCCUGUCUGUGUGUGGAGUGGCUGUGGGCUGCCGUGCUGAGCCCUCGCCGUGCUGUGCCCUCGCCGUGCGGAGCCCUCGCCUCGCCGUGCGGAGCCCUCGCCGUGCUGAGCCCUCGCCCUCGCCGUGCGGAGCCCUCGCCUCGCCGUGCGGAGCCCUCGCCGUGCUGACCCCUCGCCGUGCUGACCCCGAGGUGAUGCUGGCCCCUGCCCCGCCGUCCUGGCGCACUGAGGCGUGACCACGGCACCACGGCGGGGCCGGCCAGGCCCACGCGCUGCAGGGUGGUCAUCUACCUCCAGAAGGACAUGUCGGGGGACACGUGCCUGGGCAGCGCCCUGUGCCCGGCCGCGGGCCACAAGCCCAAGGCCGGCGGGCUGAAGGGCGGCAGCCUGGGGAACAAGUACGUGCGGCUCAACGUCGGCGGCUCCCUGUACUACACCACGGUGCAGGUGCUCACCAGGCACGACACCAUGCUCAAGGCCAUGUUCAGCGGCAGGAUGGAGGUGCUCACCGACAAGGAAGGCUGGAUCCUUAUAGACCGUUGUGGGAAGCACUUCGGAACAAUUUUAAAUUAUCUCAGAGAUGACACAAUUGCACUUCCAAAACACAGGCAGGAGAUCAAAGCGUUGAUGGCAGAAGCCAAAUACUAUCUCAUCCAGGGCUUGGUGGACAUGUGCCAAGCAGCCCUGCAGGACAAGAAAGACUUGUAUGAACCUGUCUGCAGCAUCCCUAUUAUCACCUCACCGAAAGAAGAGGAGAGACUGAUAGAGUCAUCAAUGAAACCUGUUGUUAAACUGCUACAUAAUAGAAGCAACAAUAAAUACUCCUACACCAGUAACUCUGAUGACAACUUGCUGAAGAACAUCGAGCUGUUUGACAAGCUGUCCCUGCGGUUCAACGGGCGGGUGCUGUUCAUCAAGGACGUGAUCGGGGACGAGAUCUGCUGCUGGUCCUUCUACGGGCAGGGCCGCAAGCUGGCUGAGGUCUGCUGCACCUCCAUCGUCUACGCCACGGAGAAGAAGCAAACCAAGGUUGAGUUCCCUGAGGCACGAAUUUAUGAGGAAACACUAAACGUCCUGCUGUACGAGACGCCCCGAGUCCCGGAUAACUCGCUGCUGGAGGCCACGAGCCGCAGCCGGAGCCAGGCCUCGCACAGCGAGGACGACGAGGGCUUCGAGCUGCGCGACCGCGUGCGCCGCAUCCACGUCAAGAGAUACAGCACCUACGACGACCGCCAGCUCGGCCAUUAGCUGUGCUGCGUCCUGCAGGGCUGCUGCGGCUCGUGGCUCGUCCUUGGGCAGGAGCGGGGCAUCCCCUGGACACCGAUUUCAUGGGGCGCCUCGGCCCCCGGGCAUUGUGUGCACAGAGCAGCACUAAAGGCCGAGGGUUGGAGAACUGAGGUGUGAGCUGCGCACCUGGUGCUUUCCCUGCAGGCUGGCCCCUCUUCCUGCUGGGGAGGGGAUGUGGGACGCUGGUUCUCAGUUUGUGGUUGCUCUUUCCUAUCUAACAAUUUGCCAGUUUCCCCCUUGCCGUGAGCAGCGCUGCUCCUCCUGAGUGAGGUGGGGUGGUUUGAAAAGCUCUUUCCAGACAGCUCCUCUUUCAGGGCCUUGUAUAGUGGAACUUGCAGUUAUUAAAUCAAGAUACUGAAGAGAGAACUUGAAUGUGGCUGCUCUUGGCAGACCUUACACGGGAUAACCCCCAGGAGAACAUUUGGCUGGCCAGUCAGCUGCACCUGUGCUCUCCCACCCCUGUCCCCAGAACACCUGCAAAGGUUUGUGUUCCAGGAUAGUGUCUUUAAAACUCAUUGAUUCCAAGGCAAGCUCUUCCAAAGUGGUAAGAAUCAAGUCAUCAGCCUCUCCAUGUGAAAAAUUGAAAUCUCUGAAAAUGUAAAUGUGCAGGUACUGACUUGUCUGGGGAGAGGGGGAAAUGGGUAUGGAGAGGGAAGAAACCUGAAGUAAGCAAACUUGAGCAGGUUGUGGCACUGUUGCCCUGGUUGAGGUUUGUCACUGUGUAAUCCUGUUUAUACAAAGAAGGGCAAUCUGGGGAAUUUGUUUUACGUUAUUCUCUUCCUGUGGCCUAAAAGUGCUAUUUAAUGUUAAAUUUCUCAAGCAGCGGGGGAAAAAUUGCUGGAGUGGCUGGAGAAGUACAGGCUAAACAGUGUUUUCUAAGGCUAGAACAUGUGAAUUCAAGUUCUGUGUCCUGAAUCCCUUCUAGAGUGUAGAAGCUGAAGAAGUAAAACAGCCAUGAAAAUAUUGUUCUAGCAUGGAACUGUGAGAGGCUUUAGGCACAGGAGAGAGGUGGCUUAUACUGGAUUUUAAGCUGAAAUAAUCACUUUUAUUAUGAAUGCUUGGCUUGGUGCUGAUUGUACAGGGCACUUCAGGAGGUGGGAGUAAAAUUGGAAAUUUGAAAAUUUAGAAAUUUCUGGAAAUUUUCUGGAAACGGUUUCAAGUUUAGUAUGAAAAACCAUUGUCAUAUUUUUAAACUUUUGCUUGUAUGUUUUAGCUGUCAGUAGCAGUUUUGCCACUGUCUUGGUUAUUCCUGCUGGCUGCCCACUGGGAGCCGGGAUAUUUUGGAUAUAUUCCACAGCUGCCUUUGUGUUCCCAUAUCAUCCUCAGUCAUGAAGCUCCAGAUUCCACAGUGGUCAGUCCUGAACUGCUUUGACCAGUGCCAAAUCUACCUGUAAGAUUUAAAGAAAAUUACUGCAAAAGCCUGGCAAGAAAAUAAUCCAAACUUAAUGCAGGGAGUUCAUAAGGAAAAUUGAGAUGUAGAUGGUUUGGGAGUAAUAGAAACAGAGGAGGGAACAAAAAAUUAUUUGCACCCAUUCAGGUUUUUGAAAAUUAAAAUGUUGUGGGUUAGUAAGAAAACACUAACAGACUUCUAGGAUUUUCUUGCCUCUUUAAUUCUGCUAGAGUGUGAUGUGGUUUUUUAAAACUCUUUCCCUGCACUGAUGCUAUUUAAUUAGAAGGCACCAGCAGAGGCUGCAGUGAUGGGGUCUUUGUGCUGCAUUUAACAGCUUCAAGUUAUUAUCUUGUGCUUUUUCUGUCUUGUAACAAAGGCUGAUGCCAUUUAAAAAACACAUGGCACUUCUGUUUCUUGGCAAAUUAUUUAUGUUUUUUCUUCUUGUUACUAUCGUAGUGAUUGUUAACAGAGUAAGUGAUGCUGAUGGCCUUGCAAAACUGUGUUUAAAUGAAGUUAUAAGCAGAAAAAUGUCAUAUUUGCUUUUAUUUUUUGUGGGGAGGACAGGUGUGGGAAGGAGUGUGUGAAAGAGUCAGAUCUGUCUACUGCUCCAGAGGCUUUUUGUACUCGCAGGAUUCAUUAACAAAAUGGAUCCAACUUGUGAGUUAGUACACUGUAAGAAGCAGAGAAAAGCCUGUGUUUUGGUUUACCUUUCCUUUCCCUAUUUCCCACAGCCAACAAGUAGUAUUAAUUUCUGAUUUUGAUUUAGAUUAAUUAACCUGGGAAGCAAACAGUUUUGAGAACCAUCUGGGUUGUGAGAAUCUUUUACCAAGGGCAAAGGAUCUUCUUGGUGUUUGUGGAAUGUAUCAGUAAGAACUGUCAGCAGUUAUGCACGUUUAAAAGAUGUGCAGAUAUCCUUUUAAUUUCCCUGGAGUUUUUCCUGAGUCCUGUUUGCCUGGAGCUGCUCCAGCACAGGGUGCCACUUAAUCUCCCUUGCCCCAAAGUCAUGCCCUGGUCCAGUCUCUGUCCCACCAGGUUCUGAUCAUUUCAAGUACUGGAGUUGAGAUGUAUCACAUGCUUUGUAUUCUCACCUUAAUCAGUCUUUACAUCAUUGAAAACUAUUAAUUAUUGUGACAGAAAUGUUCUAGACAUUCUGGAACAUGAGUUUACAGCCAGUGUAGUGCAGAAGCAGCAACAGUGAGGAGGAUGAUGCUUGCUGUGGGCUUGGUUUGAUUUUGUUCUUCUCAAGGUUUUUCAUUUUCAGACAGAGUUCUCUCCAGGCAGUACUGAGAUAUACCUGAGCAAGGUGGGUCUGCCCAGCAGCCCCUGCCUUCCACAGUGAGGUUGUUCUGAGACAAACCGUGGCGUUCGGUGCCCACAGCCGCCCUCCCCGUGCCGUGGGACAGCUCAGGUGUGCCUGGAGCCCUGUUCCAGCUCUGUCCUCCCUCAGGGACAGACGGCAGGCUCUGUUUUCUGGAUCUGUGUCCCUUCUCCUCAGCCAGUGGAACGGUAGUGAGACCCUCCCCUACCUCACAGGGUGGCUGACACUUAAUUUGUUUAUUGAGAGUAAAGCAUUCUUUUGGAUUUCUAUGAUAUUUUAUAGCCAGAGGAUAACAAAUAUGAUUGCUAAUCUUGUUUAAACUGACAUUCUGGGAUCAAGUUAUUUUCUUAGAGAUUCAGUCUUUGUUUUAUUUUCAUGUCUAACUUUUAAGGGUCAGUUUUACAGACAAAGUACCUAGUUAAUUCAGUAAUUAAUCAAUUAUCUGCUGAUUAAAGUGUUUCACGAGUGCAUUAAAAGGAAAAAUAGAACACUAAUUUUUAAUAAAGUGUUAUAUUUUGUCUUCUGUGA